AUGAAACGAGGCAUUGAAGCGGCCUUUGAAGAAAUUAACAGUCUUGGAGGAGUAUGGGGAAGUAAAAAACUUCGAUUAUUGUCAUUGGAUGAUUCCUAUGAGCCCAGCAAUACAAAAAUUAAUACCGAUUUCUUCCUCUACAAUAUCACACCUCCAUCCAACUCUCUCAACGGUGCUCUAUUCACGAAUGCUUCAACCAAUGAAAAUAAUAUUCGGAAUCGUGUAUUCUUUGGUUUGAUUGGAUAUGUAGGAACACCCACAGUUCAGGAAAUAUUUCCGAACGUUACUUCUACAGGUAUACCACUCAUAGGAUCUUUCACAGGCGUUGGAUGGCUUAGAACACCGUUCUACCCCAAUGUCAUUAAUGUAAGAUCGUCAUAUGAUGACGAAACAGCAGCCAUGGUGGAUUGGUUGAUCAAUGUCAAGCUCAUUCGAAGAAUAUCAAUCAUGUAUCAAGAUGACGCUUUUGGAUUAAGUGGAUUGAAUGGCAUUAAGAGAAGUUUAAUAGAUCGAUUGAAAAUACCACUUUGCUCCAGUGGUACAUUUCCAAGAAACACCUUACAUGUUGAGAGUGCUUUCUAUGCGAUUGGGCCAUGUAAUCCAGAAGCUAUUGUGCUUAUUGGAACCUAUGCACCUCUUGCAAAGUAUAUCAAAAUGGUCAAGGAUGUUGCUUUCACGAACAGUUCCAAUGCAAAAGAGAGUAGUUUUGGAUAUAAAAAAGCCAACGACAUCAUCUUUUUGACAGUAAGCUUUGUUGGAAGUGCAGCACUAACAGAAGAUUUAACCAAAACCCCAUUACCUUCUCUUCAAUUUGGCUCCACUUACUACACGGACAAUGUGAUAGUUACACAAGUAGUACCAAGUCCUAUGGAAACCUCAUAUCCAAUUGUUCGUGCAUAUCAGAGAGCCAUGACUACAUAUGCAGAGAGUCAACCAUUCACAUUUAUUGAGCUCGAAGGUUAUAUAGUUGGAAAGUUCGUUUACAAUGUUUUAAAAAACAUGGUUGGCAAUUUAACGCGUUCCAAUUUUAUUGCAUCAAGUUAUUUUGAUUUCGCUUCAGAUUACGCGGACAACAGCAAAUCGGGAGGAGCAUUCAUCUUUGAUGGAAUACAAGUAGGCAGGUUCAAAUGGUGUAAAUCCUUAAACAUUUUCAAUUACUACCUAUCUUCCGCUACUGCUUUCAACAACACCCUCCCUACAACUUGCACAAUUAACUGCAAUCAAGGUCUCAAGAUUGUUUAUAUGAGUUCAAUCAAUAUGAAAAGUGGCAACAUUAGCUUUGACAUUUUUAGAAAUUUUUCUUGGUAUUCCUCGGAUUCUUGUAUUUCAGAUGUUAAUACUAGCUUAACCAAGCCAGUUGUGAUUGGGCAGUCUAUUCAAGUAGGCUCGAUACAAGAUGAGCUUGUUCGUAUUGGUAUUUCCACAGCCUUCAAUCAAAGAAACAAAAAUUCUAUCAAUCCAAUAGUGUUGAAAACUCUCUAUCAUACUGAUACAAUGACAUUAAUUAACAACACUAGAGAAUUAACAAAGUUGAACGAAGCAGUUUCCUUAGUUGCUUAUUCUGCAUCAAGUUUAAGCUUUGAUUCAUCAAAUAGUGCUACGGUAGAUCUUACAACCAACACUGAAUUUAACAACAUAGCCAUGGUGGGUAUAUCUGCCAUCAACACGUUGGCGCUAAGGAAAAAAUUUCAUAGACCUCUAAUUCAUGUUUUUACUUCAGUAUUGGAGCAAUUAGGAGCAAUUUUAGACCACAGUAUGAACCAAUACAACCACACGGUCUGA